AUGUGGAAUGCAACAGGUCCCGACUCGAAUCGAAAUGCUCCUCCAGGGGUUGUUCCUGAUUACAGCAACCCGGAGGAUGUGUACUGGACGCUCAAUAUCGCCUUGACAGUCAUUUGUGUAUCUUUUGUUACAGUUUUCUUUCUUGUACGAGUUUAUGUUAAGCGCACUAUUAAUCGCAAUAUAGCGGUUGAAGAUUGGACAUGUAUAGCAGCAUUUGUCUGUGUAAUUAUGUACUGCACAACAGUUUUAAUGAUGGCACGAUAUGGAGCAGGUUAUCAUGCUUGGGAGAUACGCAAACCGGAAUACUACAACUGGCUCAAGUGGUUUUACGCCAGUACCGUUGUGUAUAUCCCCGCCUCCUUCUUCACCAAAGCGACCAUCCUCCUCCUCAUGGCACGAGUCUUUGCGGUCGAACCACGAGUCUCGAAAGGAAUUCGAAUAUUUAUUUGGGCAUUGCUGGUCGCAUACAUCCCAAUCCAGAUUUUACGAAUCGUUAAUUGUUAUCCUAUCCGAACAUAUUGGGACCCGAAAGUCCGCAACGCCCAUUGCCUCAACCAGCGAAAGAUAUUCUUUUCGGAUUUAUCGCUAUCAAUCGUUACCGACCUUUUAAUCCUUCUCGUACCAAUACCGUUGACAUGUCGACUUAGUUUAUCUGUCGGGAAGCGAAUCAAGAUUGUGUUGCUUCUGGGAGCUGGGGGGAUUGCGACGGCUCUAACAGUUUUUCGAGUGGCAAAAGCGGUUGACUUUCUCAACUCUGACGACAUCACCGUGGACUAUACUCCAAUUGCCAUUCUAACGAAUCUUGAAAUAACCAUUGGAUUUGUUUGCGCCUGUUUGCCUUCACUCAAUUUAUUGAUUGAGCAUCAUAUUCGAAAACGAAGACGACAACGACAGACACAAACCGAUGGGCGCGACCGAUCACGAGCUUCUAUGAUUAAAAGACACUUCAGAUGGAUGAGUUCCAGCACACGUGCAUCCCCAAUACCAUCUCGCCCUACGAAUCAGCCCUCAGCUGGAAUGAUUGACUUGGAUGUGGAAAUGGCCAUGUUAACAGGUCAGCCUGUACGAUUACGAUCAGAGAGAUUGAGCAGCACCGAAUCUCUUGGACUUAGGCCACUUGAUCAUCGACUCGAUUCGGGAGAUGGAAUACGAGAGGGAUGGUUAUCCCAGGACCAGGAUGAUCACGACGAGCUGCAGGAUAGCAAGUUUAUCAUGAAGAUGGUUCAAGAUUCGAGAGCUAGGGCAGAAGAAGGGGCGAAGGAAUCUUGGUGUCCAGUCUGGGACGGGCCUAGGGAUCCUCUGGCAAGUCAUGGGAUGUAUGGUCAUUUGCUUACCGACCUCCGAUAUGAUAUUCGAGAAUUCUACGAAAUCGACGGUAAUGAGAACCGAGAUUGCUUUGCAGGAUGCUGUAAGCCUUGCAGUACUCUGAUUCAAAUGGAAGAUGAAAUCAGGGGAAGAGAAAAGUGUCGGAAGCCCAGUAACGCCAGUGGGUAUACCUCUCAUCCUCCAAUGGAGUCACCACUGAGUUGUUCAUGCUCGUCUUCAAACACCUGCAGCAAGAAACCAUCUCCUGAUAUAGAGCGCGAUGAGUGUCUUCCGUGCAUUCCUGAAAACCAAUCCGAGAAAUCUCCUUCAACUCCUAUCAGCCGCCGUGGCAGCAAGAGACGAGAGAGCUCUAUUGCCUUGGACCCAGUUGCACCAACCGAUGCGACACUUGUUCAUAUUCAUGAUAUUGGCAAAGACCCAGUUUUGCCGGCCCUUCAUGUUCACGGGAACCACAGGUUAAGCAACGAUACUACAGACAUUGAGCCAGCUUUUCAUGUUCACGGGAACCACAGGUUAAGCAAAGAUGUGACUACGCCAGCCUAUCCACCCUCAAUUCACCAACUUCGAACUGAUACCAAGGCACCGGCCAGUCCGCCUGCAGUUCUCCGGCACGAUCUUUUCGACGAUAUCCAGACAUCUGCCAUUCAACGAAGCAAUCACGACCUUGGUUUCGACCAAGUCAAGCCAGCCGGUAUUCAAUACAGACAUCAUGACCUUGGCUUCGAUCAAGUCAAGCCUUCUGGUAUUCAGCACAGCAACCAUGACCUCGGCCUCGACCAAGUCAAGACAUCUGGUACUCAACGAAGCAACCAUGACCUUGGCUUCGACCAAGUUAAUACCUAUCGAGCCAGUCCAGAACAUCAAAUUCACCAUGAUGAGACAGUCCCAGGCGCGUUCCCUGCAUCGUCUCACGAUUUAGUCGAAGACCUGGCCAGCAACCAAAUUAAAUCAGCUCAACCGCAUGGACUUGAGCGGGACGAUGAAGUUGCAAGUAGGCCAGCAAACUUUGGAGCACGCCAUCUUUACGAGGAUAAAUGA